UGUCCCUUGUCUAUCCGGAUGGGGCUCAUCGCCACCAUCCCAAGCCGGGGGGCGCCUCCUCCACUCCCCAGCUCCUGCCUCCCAUCCGCAGCUCAGCUGCUCGCUCCUCCUCUUCUCCUUCAGGGCUGUUUCCGUUGCAAGAUUGCCCCUUAAUGCUUCACAUUUUGCUUUGCAGAGCUGGGAUGGAGCUGAUUGUUCAUCAAAUCAUCGCGUGGUGUCAAGUCAGAUUUGUAGAACUUAUCAUUUCAAGAAGUUUCUCCCUGCGUAGGCCGAGCAGAUACAUUUCAAUCUGCGACUCUUUUAUGCUAUAGUGAACCUUUUAUUCUGAUACCUGUUGCAAGUUCGCCUAAAGUGCAGAAGGGAUCUCUAUAGUAAAACGUAUCGUUAGGCACUUCCCUUUUUUCUUAUGGUUUACUGUAGGUUCACAUGGUGGUCGAUCUGUAGAAAUGCUUGCAAGAAGUGUGGCCAUGCAUAUGUUUUCUUCCUAGGUUUCAAAUAUAUUGCAAGAGGGAGAGCUAAGCUAACAAAUCAAAUGCUUCUACCACUCUAGCUAACUGAUGGAAAAAGAAAGUCUCGCCCCAUUUGCAGAUUUCUUUGGUAAAUAUCGAAAAAUAGACAACAUACGGUACCGUAUUUAUCAAAAUAGAUAAUAUAUUGGUAUAUUUAUAAAUUUAGUAUGUGUAUUCGAUACCUCAAAUUCUGAAAACCCAAUUUCGACAUUGAGACACCGGAAAAGCGUGGCCCAGGAGUAUUCGGUGCUGCAAGUUGUGUGUGUACGUGUAAGUUUAAGUUUUAAAUUUAACUCAUGAUUUUAUUUGUGAGUAUAAAAAUUGUUCAAAAAUUCUAAAUAUUUUUAUAAACAAACUAGAACUCACUAGCAACCUGUUUUAAUUAGUUUGAUCUAUUUAGUAUUAGUGAUUUUUGAUAUUUUUGUCCAAAUAAGACUAUUUUAUAAAUUCUAGUAAUUUUUAAUACCUCAACUAAAUUCCAAAAAUCUAGAAAAAAUCACUAAUAUUCUUCUCAUGUGAUGUACUAAUUUAUAAAAAUCUUUCCAACCUUAGGUUAUUUGAUGAAAAAGUGAGUUCCUUUGUAAUGCUCCAUUUAUAUGCAUUUUUAUCAUUUUAUGUGAUAUUCUCUUUUUAAUUCAAUUUGAAUAAAAAAAAGUAUACAUUCAUAUUGAUACAUAGAAAAAAAAAAUCAAAAAUCACUAAUAUUAUUCUUAUGUGAUGCACGAUAAAUUGACUACAACUACUAACAUAAUAAAGCCAGACACUUAAGAAGCAUACAACUCAGGAAUUGCGAAUAUAUAUUUACAUUCAUCUUUUUAAACCAGGUAGUGAUGCGAUAAGUUCUAAUAUUUAUCAAUUAAAUAUGACAAAUGAUAUAUCCUUUAAAUAAUCAGAUAAGGAGCAUGCGGUGAGGAUGUCAUCUCUCAAAGCAGGAAGAAAAAAAAGGAAGAAAUGAAGUACAGAGACCAGGAAGAAGAGGCUUUAUAUUAAUACGAGAGGUUGCCCGUCAUUUUCAACUUGGUGCUCGCAAAAGAUAAAAUGGAGCGUGUUUGAAGUAAUCUGAGAAACCAAGGUUUUGUGCAUGUUUGAAUUUUUUAUUCAAAUUGAAUUAAAAAGAGAAUAUCAUAUGACAUGAUAAAAAAAACAUAUAAAUGGAGCAUUAUAAAGGCUUAAUAUUAAUAUGAGAACCAAGGUUUUGUUCAUGUUAAUUUUUAUUCAAAUUUAAUUAAAAAGAGAAUAUCACAUGAAAUAAUAAAAAUGUAUAUAAAUAGAGCAUUAUAAAAAAAACUCACAGAAAACCUUAGAAAUUGGUUCAUAAACUCACUUUGUAAUAAUAAAUGUGUAUAUAAAUAGAACUCACUUUUUCACUGUGCUAGCUUUACAAAUUGGUUCAUAAACUUCCUGAAAACCUUAGCUGGCUGUUGGUGCAACCAGAAGUUGCUAAAAUACCAGCCUCAAAGAAGAAAAAAACGGAAGGAAGAAAUGGUGACUGGUAACCGGCUUGGUGUGAUCUUGGAGUGGGAGGGAGUUGCUGUGGAAGUUGACGAUCCAGACUUGGAGCCCCGGGUUUGGUAUGUUCUGUCACUCGAAGAGGCAAAGUCUUUUCCUUCGGAUGCAGUGCUGAAGAAAAUUGAGGGAAUGAGAACUGAUCAGGCUAUAUCAGAAAUCUUACGUUGGUCAGAAGAUCCAGAAGAAAUUCAAAGGUUGGCAGCACGCAAGGAGUUAAUAUAUCAAACACUCCGAGGUGGAUACUACAAGCUGCGACCAGGUGUUCUUGAUUUCUUGAACACCCUUGUGGAUUUUGACAUUCCGAUAGCAAUCGCAGCUCCUCGCUCACGGAUGAUCCUUGAAGAAGGGAUCAAAACUGUUGGUCUGCAAGGCUAUUUUGAUGCUAUAGUUGCAUUAGAAUAUUUCUGCCAAGGGAAACCCGAUGGUGAGAUGUUUGAGGUCGUAGUGGAGCUACUUGGUCUUGAGCCAGCUGUAUGCAUUGUGUUUGGUAACUCAAACUUGACUACAGAAUCUGCACAUAUUGCUGGGAUGAGGUGCGUGGCAGUUGCGAGCCAACACCCAUCCUAUGAGCUCCAAGCUGCAAACCAUGUUGUGAGAUGGCUUGAUCAGCUGUCAAUUGUUGACUUGCAGAGGAUUGUUAAUGGUGAGGCUAUUGGUCGUGGGGGCAGAGAAUCUGACAUGGACAUGGAAAUUGUGUUCGAGGAAUGAUGCUUCUGCAAACAUGGUGUACCAAUAUAUUUUGUACUUAUAACUCUGAUAUAACUUAAUUAAUGCAUUAAAUUUUGUAAACAGGUCAAGCAGUGCAAUGAAUCAGGAUUAAGAGUAGUCCUGAGCUUGCAUUAACUGCUUGGUUUUCCCGUGAUGCAUCACUGGAACUUUUUUAGCUUAACCACUUUUAGUCAUUAGAAGUUGGAAGUGAAGAAACUCCCACCCUGUAACUCUUUUGCCUGGGCAGUAUAUACAUAUUGCCUUUUUUCUAUUUUAUUCCCCCAGUUUUCA